ACGCCGGGUGCCAAGCGUAGAGCUUGGGCAUCGGCAGGACCACAUAGGCUGGGAUUCCACGUGCCCCUCACGAGUCGGUGUCCUCCGUGAGCGGCGGUGGUGAUCUACGGACCUGGGCAAGACCGGACCGGGGGUCGCGGCAGCCCCUCAUCCCCGCCCACAGCCUCCCCAGGACUGUGUAAACACGCGCCGGUCAGGAUGUCAGUUCAUCUGCAGCAGACAAAUGCAUCCCCGGGGAAAACGCGAUAGAAAGGACUCCUAUUCAAAGAGCUCUUCAAGUCAAUAAAAGGCUGAUGGAAUAGUACAAGCGGCUAUGCUAUAGGGGGGCAGUUCGCCAAAAGAUGAAUGACGCCCUGGUGGCCAGGCCUGUCCCGCCCACACCACUGAGAGACGCUUCCAUUUCCGUGGACAGCCCCACGAGCUCCUGUGCUGGUGGGAGGGGGCCAAACGAUAAACAGAUCCGCGCGCUGUUAUUGAAGACAGUUUGGCCAGACAAACCUGAAAGUACUAUGCCUCAUACUUCAGCCCAGCGAGAGCUCGGCCGGGAAUUCACCAAGUACACAUCUGCCUAAGUUCAUAACACGGGACAGGGCAGGGAUAGCCACAUUCCCUCUGCCCUUCCCGUGGGGACAGCCAGUAGGUGCAAAAGCCUCUCCGGGGCUGGAAAGUAGCCCUUGGGAAGAAGUUAGGGAAGCCAGCCUAAGAUCUCCUUCCCUCCCCGCAACCCGCCUAGGGCGCCGGUCCGUGAGUCUGGACCAUCAGAUCCCACGACAGGGCAUGCCACAGCCCGGUGGAGCCGGCGAGCACCAGGCAGGACCCCCAGGACGUGUGGCACUCCCCCGCACCAGCAGCCCCGCAGCCAGUGUCCAGAUCAAGGCCUGGUACUUGACGGAAAGGAGCGGGUUUGUGGAACGACACCAGCAAAGUGGCCUGCCUGGGGUCACACAGAGGGGAAGGCGGGGUGCGGCCUGGGACAGCACGUAGGGCCGCUGGUCCUCAUCAAGCUUACGGGGUGCUAACGGGGUCGGGAGUUGGGGGGCAAGGAAGGUCCGGGAGGCUUCUUGGACAUAGGCAGCGGGCGGAGCCCGGAGGGCGUCCUGGAAGAGGUGGCAGGCGUGGCGCGCAUGACUGGGAGGAUUUGAGGGCUACGUUGUUGUGUCCCCGAAGCGCGCGGGACUGAGGGAGGCGGGGCGGGCGGCGCCGAGAAACAGCGGCUGCGGGCAGGCGGCGGGAGCCUGGGACGCGGUGCUGGCCGCCACCGCCGAGCAGUCCUCCAGCAGUCCGUGCGUCCAACUGUCUGCGCGUCCUCCGCGGGUCGGCGGCGGGUCCCGCGGCCGAGCCCAUGCAGCCGCGCAGCGAGCGCCCGGCCGGCAGGACGCAAAGCCCGGAGAACGGCAGCCCGGAGCCCGGGCCCGACACGCCGCCGCCGCCGCCGCCGCCCCAGCCUCCGGCCCCCGAGCCAGAGCGUUCCCGCGCCCGGCAGGCCCGGCCCACUGCCCCAAUGGAGGGUGCCCUGCAGCUGCUGAGCCGAGAGGGCCACACUGUGUCCCACAACUCCAAGCGGCACUACCACGACGCCUUUGUGGCCAUGAGCCGCAUGCGGCAGCGCGGCCUGCUGUGUGACAUCAUCUUGCAUGUGGCGGCCAAGGAGAUCCGAGCACACAAAGUGGUGCUGGCCUCCUGCAGCCCCUACUUCCACGCCAUGUUCACAAAUGAGAUGAGUGAGAGCCGCCAGACACACGUGACAUUGCAUGACAUCGACCCCCAGGCUCUGGACCAGCUGGUGCAGUUUGCGUACACAGCCGAGAUUGUGGUGGGCGAAGGCAACGUGCAGACCCUGCUCCCAGCUGCCAGCCUCCUGCAGCUGAAUGGCGUUCGCGACGCCUGUUGCAAGUUCCUACUGAGUCAGCUUGACCCCUCCAACUGUCUGGGCAUCCGGGGCUUCGCUGACACGCACUCAUGCAGCGACCUGCUCAAGGCAGCACACAGGUACGUGCUGCAGCACUUCGUGGACGUGGCCAAGACGGAGGAGUUCAUGCUAUUGCCUCUGAAGCAGGUGCUGGAACUGGUCUCUAGCGACAGCCUGAACGUGCCUUCAGAGGAGGACGUCUACCGGGCUGUCCUGAGCUGGGUCAAGCACGACGUGGAUGCUCGGAGGCAGCAUGUCCCACGGCUGAUGAAGUGUGUGCGCCUGCCCCUACUAAGCCGGGACUUCCUGCUGGGCCAUGUGGAUGCUGAGAGCCUCGUGAGGCACCACCCUGAUUGCAAGGACCUGCUCAUCGAGGCCCUCAAGUUCCACCUGCUGCCCGAGCAGAGGGGCGUUCUGGGCACUAGCCGCACACGGCCCCGGCACUGCGAGGGUGCCGGUCCUGUGCUCUUUGCCGUGGGUGGUGGGAGCCUGUUCGCCAUCCAUGGGGACUGUGAAGCCUACGACACACGCGCUGACCGCUGGCACGUGGUGGCCUCUAUGUCCACACGCCGGGCUCGGGUGGGUGUGGCAGCAGUUGGAAACCACCUAUAUGCAGUGGGCGGUUACGAUGGGACUUCAGACCUGGCCACCGUAGAGUCGUACGACCCUGUGACCAACACCUGGCAGCCUGAGGUGGCCAUGGGCACAAGGCGCAGCUGCCUGGGUGUGGCUUCCCUGCAUGGCCUCCUGUAUGCAGCUGGUGGCUACGAUGGGGCCUCCUGCCUCAACAGUGGGGUCAGUUCCUGUGACUGCCAGCACGGGGUUCUAGUCAUUCCACAGGGAAGGGCAGGUCCUGGGGCCAGGGCAGCCUUUCUGCCACCACUCAAGGUCGGCGGCAUUUCUGGCGUCCACAGUGCUGAGCGCUAUGACCCUCUGACUGGAACAUGGACAUCUGUCGCUGCCAUGAGCACCCGGAGGCGAUACGUGCGUGUGGCCAUGCUCGAUGGGCACCUGUUCGCCGUGGGUGGUUAUGACAGCUCAUCGCACCUGGCCACCGUGGAGAAGUAUGAGCCCCAGGUGAACGCAUGGACGCCGGCGGCCUCCAUGCUGAGCCGGCGCAGCUCAGCAGGAGUGGCAGUGCUGGAGGGGGCCCUGUACGUGGCCGGCGGCAAUGACGGCGCCAGCUGCCUCAACUCCGUGGAGAGGUACAGCCCCAAGGCCGGCGCCUGGGAGAGUGUGGCGCCCAUGAACAUCCGAAGGAGCACGCAUGACCUCGUGGCCAUGGAUGGAUGGCUCUACGCUGUUGGGGGCAACGACGGCAGCUCCAGCCUCAACUCCAUCGAGAAGUACAACCCAAGGACCAACAAGUGGGUGGCCGCGUCCUGCAUGUUCACGCGGCGCAGCAGCGUGGGCGUGGCAGUGCUGGAGCUGCUCAACUUCCCCCCGCCGUCGUCGCCCACGCUGUCCGUGUCGUCCACCAGCCUCUGACCUGGCGCGGACUGCCGAGGCCCGCCCUGCAGCCUCCCACAUGCCUUAAGCCCCACGGGCGGGGUCCUAGGCCCCCACCGGGGGCGUCCUGUGCCGUCUGCCCACGUCUCUGUACGUUGAGGCCGCCCGUGUCUGUGUCCGCUCAUCGGUGUUCUGUGUAUGCUGUUUAUUUAUUCAUUAUUUAUUGAUCGGAGCACUGCGCAGCCACCCAUUUACACGUUUACCCUUGGAGUGUCCUGUGUCUCUGGGACCAAGCUGCCGUCAGGGGUGUCUUCCCACCCCGCUGGGGGCGCCAGGGAGCUGUAGGGGUGGAGACCCCUCAACCUAGGAAUGAUGGGGAUGGACACACACUGAAGUGGGUCAGGGGCUAACUCGGACUCUACAGACCUGGAGGUAGGAGUGGGCAGAUGCAGAGCGACCCAACAGGGUUAGUUGGGGACUUUCUGAGCCGGUACAGACCCCCCGAGCCUGCGCUUUGCAUGUCACCCUUGCCUCACCCAGCCAGUCACGCUCCCGGGGAGGGCCUGAAGCUGGCUUCCUUCUUGUGAGCGUGGUGGCUUUUCUGGACCCUGCACUGAACUGGGCACACGUGCCACAGAUCCCACACAGCAAUAUGAACCAACUUGAACAAUAAACACAUUUCUUGGG